CUGACUUUGUUAUGGUUAUGUUAGUACGCCGUGUAAAUCGUCGCAUAAGUUGCCAACGUUAACUAUAAUAUUUCAAUAUUUACUCUGCAUUUUUUAUCUUUCAUUUAGACUUAGUUUUCUGCUGCGCAAUGACGUAAAAAUUACGUUAUUCCGUGUAUGACGUGAACUGUAAGAUUGCGAGUCUUUCGUAAAGUCAGGUCAAUUAAAAAUGUUUAAUCAAAAUAAUACAUUAAGGACGGGAACAUCAAACGCGUCAAAUCCCAUGCAGGACUUUGAAGUGGUUUCGCCGCCGGACGAUUCUGUCUCCUCCCUGGCGUUCAGUCCGGCAUCCAUCCCGCAGAAUUUUUUAGUAGCCGGUUCCUGGGAUUGCAAUGUUCGAUGUUGGGAAGUCGAGCAGUCCGGCAAGACGGUACCUAAAUCCAUGCAAAGCAUGGCAGCGCCGGUUUUGGAUGUAUGCUGGAGUGAUGAUGGGACUAAAGUAUUUAUGGCGGGCUGUGACAAAACAGCAAAAUGCUGGGAUCUGGCUACAAAUCAAUGUGUGCAAGUGGCAGCCCACGAAGCACCUAUUAGAACAUGUCACUGGAUAAAGGCAACUACAUACUCUUGUCUCAUGACUGGUUCCUGGGAUAAAACGCUGAGGUUCUGGGAUUUGCGCAGUCCUAAACCUGCAAUGACCAUCAAUUUACCUGAACGGUGUUAUUGCGCAGAUGUGGAUUAUCCAAUGGCAGUAGUGGGAACAGCUUCGCGUGGUUUAAUAGUCUAUCAACUGGAGGGCAGUCCACGCGAAUACAAACCUGUGGAAUUGAGCUUGAAAUAUCAGUAUCGUUGCGUGGCGAUUUUCAGGGACAAGAAGAAAGUACCGACUGGUUUUGCAAUAGGAAGUACAGAGGGACGCGUUGCGAUUCAUCACUUGAAUCUUAGUUCAAAAGAAAACUUCACAUUUAAAUGUCACAGAACAAAUGGCACGCCCAAUGGAUAUCAGGAUAUCUAUGCGGUCAAUGAUAUAGCAUUCCAUCCAGUACACGGUACUGUAGCAACCGUGGGUGGUGAUGGCACUUUCGGUUUUUGGGACAAGGAUGCACGUACUAAACUGAAGUCCUCGGAAACAAUGGAACAACCCAUCAUACGUUGCUGUUUCAAUCAUAAUGGACAGAUAUUCGCGUAUGCUGUUUCUUACGACUGGUCUAAGGGACACGAAUACUUUAAUCCGGCGAAGAAAAACCAGAUCUUCUUGAGACCAUGUUAUGACGAAUUGAAACCGAAGGCUUCACCGUAGACUAGUGACAUUCAAAUAAAAUUUUCCAAACGAAGCAAUGUGCGAAUCCGAAUGUAAUCGCGAGAGUUUACAUUUUUUCAAUCAAUGAACAACUGUCAACAUUUUUAUUUUGAUUCAAAACAGUGUCGAAACAUGUAAACUAUAAUUAAUUGAAUAGAAUUGAAGAAAUAUGUAAUGUAAAAUAUAAUUAACUAAGUAGAAAAUAAAUACUGCAUUAGCAAAACACUUCACAGUGCUAAUUCUACACAUCAUAAUUUGCGUAUGUCCAAAGUUAUGUCAAUUUUGGAUGCAAGUUUGAAGUACAAAAGUUAUGAUUUGUAAAAUUGUAAAAUAUUUUGAAGUGUCUCGUUAAUACGGCAUUUACUUUUCUAUAACUCUGCGAUGUUGCUUUCUAAGUUCCUUGACGGAUAUGAUGACGAAUAAUUGUUUUGCAAAAAUAAGUAAAGUAAAGCUGACGCAUUCUGAUUAAAAUAUCAUAAAAUCAGAUUAAGAUAUCUUUUCAUAAUGUAUUUUUGAAUAUUAAAAUUAUAUGCG